AUGCACCUGCACUACUACUACCCACUAUCAACCCUAGUGUGCCCCCCUCCCUGCUGUUACUCCUGCGCACCUCUCCUUGCUGAUACUCCUCUCCUCCCUUCCUGGUCGUGGUUCCUCUCCUCCCUUCCCUGCUGUGGUUCCCCUGCUCCCCUCCCUACUGUGACUCCUCUCCUCCCUUCCCUGCUGUGGUUCCCCUGCUCCCCUCCCUGCUGUGGUUCCUCUCCUCCCUUCCCUGCUGUGGUUACCCUGCUCCCCUCCCUGCUGUGGUUCCUCUCCUCCCUUCCCUGCUGCGGCUCCUCUGCUCCCCUCCUUGCUGUGGUUCCUCUCCUCCCUUUCCAGCUGUGGUUCCCAUGCUCCCCUCCCUGCUAUGGUUCCUCUCCUCCCUUCCCUGCUGUGGUUCCCCUGCUCCUCUCCCUGCUGUGGUUCCUCUCCUCCCUUCCCUGCUGUGGUUCCCCUGCUCCUCUCCCUGCUGUGGUUCCUCUCCUCCCUUCCCUGCUGUGGUUCACCUGCUCCCUUCCCUGCUUUGGUUCCUCUCCUCCCUUCCCUGCUAUGGUUCCCCUGAUCCUCUCCUUGCUGUGGUUCCUCUCCUCCCCUCCCUGCUGUGGCUCCCCUGUCCCCCCAUUCCCUCUUACUCCAAGCUCGGAGCACCGCAAUUCCACCAUUCAUCUCCUCUAG